AUGAAAGAAACAAUCUCUGAGAAACUUGAGAAAUAUUUCUUUAACCUUCAAUAUGAAGAUUACGAUAAGGCUGACCAAAAACUUAUUCAGCUUUUAUCUUUAGAAACUGAAGAAUGCGAAGAAUUGUAUCAAAAAGAACCCAAACUUUUUGAUCAAUAUUUUAGAAUGACUAAAAUAGAUGAACCUGAUAUUGAAUCAGAACAAGAAGAUAACUUUAAAACUAAUACAAAGACUGUAAAGUUUGAAUAUUCAGAUAUGGAAGAUGAUGAAGCAGAAUCUUCUUAUACAGCCGCAAGAAGAAGCAAUAAAAAGAAAUAUGAGUUCAAAAUGCCUGUCCACAAUGGUAUUCCAGACAGUAGCAAAGGACCCAAUACGAUCAAUGUACUCAAUAUUGAUUGUAUCCAAGAUCUAAAACUCAGAGAAAGAGUUGUAGAAAAAUGGGUUACUGAGAUUUCACUAAUCUUACAAACAAACCCAGAUGAAUUUGAGAAAGCAAAAAAUGUUCUACUUUUAGAAUACAAAACUGAUGGAAUUGUGCAAAAGUUCCUAAGAAACAAUAAUUGGAAUGAAGAUUUGCAUGGUUCAGAUCUUUUUGAUAAUCUCAUAAAUGUCAUAUACACUACUUUCUUAGGUCUUGAUUAUAUUUCUAAUAAAGACUUUACCAUUAAUAAGAAAGUUGACGUAGCAAGAGUUUCAAUGACAAAACUCCAAUUACAUGAUAUUAGUCUUCUCGACAAAUACACAUGUAUGUAUGAAUCAUAUCUAUAUGAUAUUCCCCAGAGAAGUGAAUAUGCACAAUGGAUAUCUGCUUAUCUCAUGAAAAUUCCAAUUAUUGGAGAAAUCUAUACUGAAAGAUGGAAAAAAGAAGCUACUGGAGAAAUCCAGCAAACCAGUCUUUCUUAUGCAACAAAAAUUGCAAAGGAAGAAAUUGAUAGAAUCUGUCAAGACAGAUAUAACAACAAAAGCUCAAAACAAUAA